AUGUCUUGUCCAUAUGCCAACAAUAAUAUACAAAAACAAAUACCAGUACAGAAUAUUAACUAUACGGAAGGCCGAAAUGCUUUAGACGAAAUCAUUGGUCCUGAUCCUGAUGAAACUCCAGUGGUUCCAAGAAAAUCACACACAGCCAAGGAAACACUAAAUUAUAUAACAUAUUUGGGCUUAGACCAGCUUUUAAGCUCAUUGUCAUGUUUAAGUGUUAGUAAUGAGUCAGAUGGUAAACCUGUGCACGAUGAACAUUUCUUCAUCAUAUUACAUCAAGCAUUUGAAUUAUGGUUUAAGCAAUUUAUAUUCGAAAUUGAUUCAAUACGUGAAGUAUUAAUAAAAACAAAAUAUGAUGAAACACAAAAUGUUUUAAUUAUAUCACGAUUAGUACGUUGUGUUAAAAUAUGGCAAAUAUUAAUAGAACAGUUACACUUAUUAGAAACGACAAUGACACCAUUAACCUUUUUAUCAUUUCGUAGCUAUGUAACACCAGCAAGUGGUUUUCAAAGUUUACAGUUUCGUUUAAUUGAAAACAAACUUGGUUUAACAGAUAAACUACGUCAGGAAUACAAACAAACGUAUUUUUUGAAUAAGGUGUUCACAAAUGGAGAACAAAACGAUCAAUUAAGGAAAUCAAUUGAUGAACAAUCGUUAUUACAAUUAAUAGAGGUAAUGUAUGUUUAA